UUUAACUUUGAAAAGCUGGAGCAGGAGUGUGUGUAUGUGGCUUGACGGUGUGUUGUGCCUUAUGAUAACCUGUGAUGAUGAUAACGUUAGUUCAAAAUAAGGUUAGCGAGCCACGCCUCGCUCCUGCGUCUCACUGAAAUAAAGUCCCGCUGUGUUAACUGUUCGCCCUCACAUUGUGCUACAGGCUAAAGCUAAUGUUUAACUUGUGCAGCAUUUCACAGUUUAACUUUAACGACAUCCGCACUCGUCAGCUAGCGAGCAGCUAGCUUGGACGUGUUGGACGGUGAAGAAGGAGGAGAAGGAGCUGACAGCGAUGUAAGAAGAUCUCGGAGAACUACAUUUUUGGGCUUAUCGUCUCAAAGUGGAUUUCAAGGGGCCAACAAUGGUUUUUCUUUGAUAAGUUUGGCUUUCUUCACCGUGAUCAUUUCAGCGAUUGACUGUCCAUACCGGCAGCAUGUUCCAUCGCCAUGGGAUGACUGGUCAUGGAGUCUGAGGCUGUCAGUAUUUUUGCUGAAAUGUCCUACAAGGAUCAAAUAUCCUAAACUCCAGUGAACAGUCUCUACUGUUGUCCCUUUCAGUGUCUCACAUUGGCAAAGUCAAACAGCUAUGGGCUGCUGUUCGCCUGUGUGCAGGAUUUUGCGCAGGACAAAGUAUUUUUUGUUGCUCUUUCUCUCGCUUUCAGUGCUGGCAUGGAUUGCCACCUUUUCUGGCGAAACUGUGAAAUCCACUCAGGAGAUCUCCGCCACAACAGAAACUCUUGGCAAAGGAGACACUCUGAGGAAUAAACUCAGCUCUUGGACAGCAACACCUGAUCACGCAAAUACUCCAACACCAAAAGGCGAAUGCCCUCAGGAGUCACCUUUGCUACAGGGAGCUGUGAAGCUGUCAUUUGAAUCCUCUCUCAAACUGAAGGACGUGGAGAGUGAGAAUGAAGCAGUGACUGAGGGACAGUAUGAGCCUCCGGGUUGCACGGCGAGGCAGAGCGUAGCGAUCCUCAUCCCUCAUCGCAACCGAGAGAGACACCUCCUCUACCUCUUGCACCACCUGCAUCCCUUCCUGCAGAGGCAGCAACUACAUUACGCCAUUUAUAUAAUCCAGCAGGCUGGCGUUAAAACCUUUAACCGUGCCAAGUUAUUAAAUGUUGGGUAUUUGGAGGCACUGAAGGACUACAACUGGGAUUGUUUUAUCUUCCAUGAUGUGGACCUGGUUCCUGAAAAUGAUCACAAUUUAUACGUCUGUGACAAGCAGCCCAAACACUUGGUGGUUGGUCGGAAUGCCACAGGAUAUAAGUUACGUUACAAAGGCUAUUUUGGAGGAGUCACAGCCAUGACCAAAGAACAGUUUCUGCAAGUGAAUGGAUUCUCAAACACUUACUGGGGUUGGGGGGGAGAGGAUGAUGAUCUUCGCAUCAGGGUGGAGCUGCAGAAAAUGACGAUAGUGAGGCCGCCCACUGAUGUAGCUCGCUAUACCAUGGUGUUCCACAAACGGGACAGUGGCAAUGAAAUAAACAAGGACAGGAUGAGGUUGUUAGGACGAACACGGCAGGUCUGGAGAAAGGAUGGACUCAACAGCUGCUCAUAUAAGACUUUGUCAGUCGAGAGGCUGCCUCUUUAUGUGAAUAUGACUGUGGACAUUGGUAAGCCAUAGAGUUAAGAUUUCUAACUGGAAGCCCUACUCUGACCAAAAAUAUUUUAUGAUUUAUUGUAUACACUAUACCAGGCUGAGUGCAGAAAAUCUGCUACAGUUAUAAAACACAAUCAACACACAAAAUGCACACAGUUUCAGUUUUCAUUAAAUAGUGGUAACCACAUUAGUUGGUACAUCUUUUCACAAUAAUUUUGCAUAUCAUGCUUCCUCCUUUCUUUCAUAUUAAAACCGGGCUCUCUCCAUAAUGAGUCGGAGCAUCCUGCAGAAAAUGAAUAAAUAAAACUGAUAUAUAGAUGUAGAUCAAAUGAAGAAAUUGGUCAUAGAUAUUCAUCAUAUCUACAUUAAUUCAUGCAUAUGCCUUAUUAUUUGCCUUCCUGAUAUAUCACAGUGUGAAACAUGCUGAUAUGUUGUGUCUAAAGUCCUGUAACACUGUGUGUAUUUUGUGCACUUCAUUCUCUGGAUACAUGGAACUCACAGUCAAGUGUGGUUUCACCUAUUUUGCCUGAGCCAGAUAACCGAACACUAGUGUUGGUUAGCAGUCUGUAAGAGGAAGUUGAUGUUUAAGUUUGAAUCAUACCUUAGUAGAGAGGAUUUAUUUCAAAUUGACAUGUUCAUGAUAAACUGUAGACUCCGUGUAAUCUGAGGUAAAGUUAAAACUGGUGCAUUAAAGCUACAUAAUUUGAGUUUUCACCACCAGAUGGCAGGAACACCAACUAACAGCAACAUAGCAAUACUCUAAUCUAGUAACCAUACACUUUACACUUUUUUUGUUUUACGGUGUUGAAGCACAGAAAUGUUGUUAGGCUUUUUCUUUUAGGUCAAUAAACANGCA